UGAGGCGUGCGGAGCGGUGUGCGGACCAGCACCGGGAGGACGUGAUCUUAGGGGGCGCCCCUGUAGAGGAGGCACCUGGAAGGUCACGGUCACCCCGUCCUGCCGGUACCGAGGGCGGAGAGGCCCCGCAGGUCCUGCCGCAGAGUCGGGGGGUUUUCUGCCGGGCUGUAAUGCCAUUUUCAGGGAGGCCGCUGCACGAACUUUCCAAGGAUGCUAGACCUAGAGUCGGCCCCGGCCCCGGCCCUACUGAGCUUACCUAGUUCUGCCCCGCCAUGCGCGCUCACUUUUGUGCGCACGCACGCACGCAGUACGUCCCUACGUCCCGUUUCUAACCCGGACGCGCCGCCGGUGGCCUUCUCCAGCUAUCAUUCUUCUCUACAGAAGAGCUGUUUCUCAUCAAUCGGGGGUGAUUACAGUUCUUCCUAAAAAGGAUGGCUGCUCUUUUUCUAAAGAGAUUAACACUACAAACUGUAAAGUCUGAAAAUAGUUGCGUCAGAUGUUUUGGUAAACACAUCGUGCAAAAGACAGCACCAGCACAGUCGUUCCCUAUUGCUUCUGCCCCGAGACUCUCCUUCCUAAUUCAUGCAGAAGCCUUUAGUACCGUUGAAGACACCCAGAAUGAAGGAAAAAAGAAAAAAAAGAGUCAAACAGCUUUUGGUAACAUUGGAAGAAAAAUUAGUCAGCGAAUUGUUCACUUAUUUGAUGAGAAGGGCAAUGAUAUGGGAAACAUGCACCGAGCAGAUGUGAUUAGACUUAUGGAUGAGCGAGACCUGCGACUGGUUCAAAGGAACGCCAGCACAGAGCCUGCAGAGUACCAGCUCAUGACAGGAAUGCAGAUCCUCCAGGAGCGGCAGAGGCUGAGGGAGAUGAAGAAGGCUAGCCCCAAAACUGUCCUUGCACCCUGUUUCAAACCAGGACCAACCCUGACAAAGGAACUGACUUUUUCUUCAAAUAUUGGACAACAUGAUUUGGACACAAAGACUAAACAGAUUCAACAGUGGAUUAAGAAAGAACGCCAAGUCCGGAUUACUAUAAAGAAAGGAAAAAAUGUAGACGUGUCAGAAAAUAAAAUGGAGGAGAUAUUUCAUCAAAUACUCCAGACUAUGCCUGGAAUGGCUACAUUCUUAUCUAGGCCACAAGCUGUUCAAGGAGGAAAAGCUUUAAUGUGUGUUCUUCGUCCUUUAAGCAAAAAUGAAGAAAAGGCAUAUGGAGAAACUCAAAAGACCCAGAAAAGAGACACUUUGAACCAAGACCAAGGAAAUGAUAAGGAAUCAAAUGUUCUGCAUCAGUAAUUUUAAUAAAGAAAAGCAUGCUCUGAGAGAAA